AUGGCUUCAAGCCAUAAACAGAAAGCAAUGGACGCCUUCCCACAGCGGAGAUCGUGUUUGUGGAGAUCUGCUAGCAGUAAAAAGGCAGACCCAGACUACAUCCCACAUGUCAACAUGGGAUACCAAAAAGCAUCAGUGCUUUUCAGCCCAGAAGCAAAGAAAGAUCGAUAUACAAGAGCAGUCAGACGAGAGGGUGAGAAAAAUCUGAAUAUGAUAAAGAAAGCAGAUGAAAAAAGGAGAGAGUGUGCUGCAUCAGCCCUGUUGGAGUUAUAUGAACCACAAGCAAUUGUUGCAGAUACAAAUGAUGGCACUUUGGAAAAAGAAAAUUUCACAAGAUCAGAUAUCCAUGAUCACUGUCUUCGUAAAAUUACCUUAUUAAAAAGAGAGAACAGACAGCUCCUGGAUGAAGUUGAGACACUUCAACAUGAAUUAAGGGAUGCUAAGGAGAAAACUGGUGUCAGAUUCUGUGAUUCUUUCCUUUCUGCGCACAACAAGGACACCAGAACUUCAUUUUUCACUGGCAUUCCAAACUAUGCAACAUUCUUGUGGGUCUGGUAA